AUGCCAGGAAUGUCUUCCACUCAAGCCGACCACUACCAAACCCUCGGUCUACCCUUCACAACCUCCUUCGCAACCCUGUCCAAACAAGAAAUCAAAAUCGCAUACCACAGAGCCCUUCUCAAAAAUCACCCCGAUAAGGCCAGCACCAUCGCACUGCCCGAAACAACACAACUCGGCACACCCACCUCUCGCCCUAGCAUUCCUCCUACCGGAACACCCGAGAAGAGCCCCAACCCGCGCAUCUACACCAUUGAUGAGAUCACCACCGCAUACAAGACUCUUUCCGAUGCCACCCUGCGCGCAGAGUACGAUCGUACCCUGCGACUGGAUCGGGCCAAGCUUGCAGAGCGAGAAAAGACGGGUGAUGUCUUUCACACGGGACUCGAGAUUGUCGAUUUGGAGGAUCUUGCGUGUGAUGAGGACGGUGUCGAUGCGCGCGGGGCUUGUUGGUAUCGUGGGUGUCGGUGUGGUGAUGAGAGGGGAUUCUUGGUCACAGAGCAGGAGUUGGAGAAGGAGGCGGAUCACGGUGAGAUUGUUGUGGGGUGUCGGGGGUGUAGUUUGUGGUUGAAGGUGCUUUUUGCGGUUGAAGAUGAUGGUUGA